UACAUGGAGAUUAAAUGAAUUCCCAUAACUAUAUCUAUGCUGUUUUUGUAGCUAACUUGGAAGUUUCGAUAUGCUGAUAAACUGUGAAAAUGAAAGACAGUUAGAACUGCUGAAGGAAAACCAGCUUCAAUGACAUGAACCAAAUUCAGACAGAAGCUGCAGUAGUCGAGUACAUCCAUCUUUAGCGGUGGGAUCUCUCUAAAUGGCUCACACAGAGAGGAGAGAUGCUCCUGGGCUGCCUGAUUUCUCUCUGCUCAAAAGACUAGCCAGAGACCAGCUUAUCUUUCUACUGGAGCAGUUGCCAGGGAAGAAGGAUUUAUUUAUUGAUGCAGAUUUGAUGAGCCCUCUUGAUCGUAUAGCAAAUGUCACAAUCCUGAAGCAACAUGAAGUCGACAAACUGUACAAAGUUGAGCUCAAGCCAAUUGCCAGCAGUUCAGACCAGCUGUGCUUCCUGAUACGUCCCAGAAUACAAACUGUGAAGUGGAUUUCAGAUUUGGUUAAUUCAGACAAAGUGGCUGGAAGAUUCAGAAGAUAUAAGAUCAUAUUUACCCCCCAAAAGUUUUAUGCAUGCGAGACGGUUUUGGAAGAGCAGGGAGUCUAUGGAGAUGUUACAACCGAUGAGUGGAAUUUCUACAUUCUUCCUCUGGAUGACGACAUCCUGAGUUUAGAGCUGCCUGAAUUCUUCAGAGACAACUUUCUGGAGGGAGACCAGCGCUGGGUGACCACUGCAGGAAGUGCACUACAUCUUUUACAGUCUGUCUAUGGUUCUUUCUCCAAAGUGUAUGGGAUCGGUAGAUGUGCCAAGAUGGUGUAUGAAUCCUGGAGGGAGCUAAUGGAGGAGGGGGAACAGAGAACAAGACAACCUGAAUUUGCAAAAGUAUUUCUUAUUGACCGAGAUGUGGACUUUGUUACUCCACUCUGCUCUCAAGUUGUUUACGAGGGAUUGGUAGAUGAUAUUUUCAGAAUAAAAUGUGGCAGUGUGGAGUUUGGCCCUGAUGUCACUUCCUCUGACAAGAGCAUCAAAGUGAUGCUUAACUCUCAAGAUAAAGUGUUCAAUGAAAUAAGGAACGAGCAUUUCUCCAAUGUGUUUGGCUUUUUAAGUCAGAAGGCCAAAAAUCUUCAAACAGCAUAUGAUAAACGGCGUGGGAUGGACAUCCAGCAGAUGAAGGCAUUUGUUGCAGAUGAACUGAAAGGACUGAAACAGGAACAUCGUCUUCUCAGUCUUCAUAUCGGUGCAAGUGAAUCCAUGAUGAAGAAGAAGACCAAGCAAGAUUUCCAGGACUUGUUGAAGACUGAACAUUCAUUACUUGAAGGCUUUGAGAUCCGUGAAUGCAUCACCCACAUUGAAGAACAUAUCAACAGACAGGUGUCAAUGAUUGACAGUCUUAGACUCCUUUGCCUGUUGUCCAUCACUGAAAAUGGUCUUUUGUCCAAGGACUAUAAAUCUCUUAAAGCUCAGUACCUUCAGAGUUAUGGUAUAGAUCACCUGCUGACGUUUGCAAACCUGAGGCAGCUGGGUUUGCUGGAAGAACAGCAAGCAGGAGAAACACUGACAGUCAUGGAGAGUAAAGUUGGGAAACUUGUCACUGAUAAGACUGUAGGGAAGCUGACAGAUGCCUUUUCCUCACUGGCUAAGAAAAGCAAUUUUCGAGCUCUGAGCAAAAGACUAGCUCUGGUACCAAAGUCUGGUGAGGAAUAUGAUCUUCGCGUUCCGCGAGACAUGGCAUAUGUUUUCAGUGGUGCUUAUAUUCCUCUGAGCUGCAAACUGAUCGAACAGGUUUUGGAGAGAGAUGGUUGGACGGGUCUGGAGGAGGUUACACGCAUGCUGAAUGGACAGGAAUUUGCUGUAACAGGUGGCAGUAGUAGUUCAGAUGCCAGGAACAAAACUGAUGCUCAAAGGAUUGUUCUAGUGAUGUUUCUUGGUGGCUGCACCUUCUCUGAGAUCUCUGCACUCCGGUUCCUUGGCAGGGAAAGAGGUUGCAGAUUCAUAGUGGUCACUACAGCCAUCACAAACAGUGCACGGCUUCUGGAAGCAUUACUGGAGAACGGUGCUUGAGUCUGAGAAAACUUUCCACAAGAGGACACUUAAUGAUCAGUUCCAGGAGAGGGCAAAAAGGACAGAAUAUGCCCUCAUAUCCCGGGCAUCAAAAUCCCAAAACGAAUGUACUUUUAGAGGGGUUAGUAGAUCUUAAAGGGAUAGUUUAACAAAAUAAGAAAAAUCUGCCUUUUUUUUCCCCCAUCCUCAUGUGUUUCAAAGCUGUAUGAUUUUCUUUAUUUUGCAGAACAUAAAAAAAGACAUUUUAAAGAAUUUUUGUAAGCAAACAGCUUAGGUGACCAUUGACCUUAUUACAUGGAGGGAUAAAACACUGAAAUGUUUCUCAAAAUAUUUUAUUUUAUUUUUCACAGAAGAAAGUAAGUCGUGCAUGUCUGGAGUAAAUUAGGACAAGAUUGUAAUUUUCAGGUGAACUAUCUUGUUAAAUGUCUGCGCAGGUGUCAUCUGAAUUUAUGUAAAAAUGUUUUAUACAGUUUGCUCAGAAUUUUCCAUGCAUGUAAUAAAUGAUUCAAGACUGAUCAAUAAAACAGUUAUUGGUGUCA